GAAGUGUGCAGCGAAUUUUUGGUGAAGGAGUUGGGUCCAUCGAAUUGCUUGGGGAUUCGAAAGUUGGCCGAUGUUUAUGUAUGUCCAGAGCUUCUUCGCUGCGCUGACAAGUAUAUCUUGCACAACUUCCAGGACGUUGUCUGUACUGAGGAGUUUUAUCAACUCCCUGUCGACCGUUUAAUCGAAUUAAUUUCAAACGAAGGAGCUCCAUGGAUCAGAAGAGCAGGUUUUCACAACUGUGCUUCAGUGGAUCAAGUUCGACAUGGCAGCUCGGCAACAGUUCCUCGCAAAGGUAGUUUGUUGGAGCAUGUUCGGUUUUCGCUGUGUAACCCAAAAUUUCUUGUCGACACAAUAAGCAAGGAUGAGCUAGUGAUGACUAAUGCUACCUGCCGAGAUUUUGUCGAUGAAGCUAAGGCUGGUGACAACUACUUACUUCGACAGUCAUUCGCACAUGAGCGGCCAAAUGAGCAAAGACCACGCAUGCGACCACGGAAGCGUCCUAUGAGUAACAAAGUAUUAUAUGCUGUGGGAGGGACGUGUGAUAAAGAAAAACUCGAUUCCGUGGAAUUUCUCGAUCUUCGUGUAGGAAACACCAAGUGGCAGCGUGCUGCUCCUAUGAUCAAAAAAAGGUACUCAGCCGGUGUUGCUGUUCUCUAUAAUAUGCUCUAUGCUUUUGGAGGCCUCUGCAAGAGAGAUGAGGAUUCACCUUCCCGUGACAGCUCUCCAGUUAACAAUGAG